CCAAGAUUGUAUGAUACCGUGUUGGGUAAUAAUAUCUUACAAUUGAAUAAAAAGAAAUAUUUAAAGAGUACACAUGAAUGAACAAACUAUGUUACUAAUCGUUAAAAAUUACAUGUUAAAAUGGUAGAAGAAAAUAAUGGACAGCCUUUAGUUAUCAGUUGAGCGUUUCUUUCAAAAGUGACUAAAUUGUCCGUAGAUUAACAACUUUUGACACUUGUUGACAUAUUCAUUGUUGAAAUGUGUGAAAAGGAGAAAAUUUUGGAAGAUUAAUAGGAAGUUUACACAAACAUUUUCUUAUCGCAGUUUUCUGUAGAUAGUAAGUAAGGCAUAUGAAGAAUCAUGUUUCUUUCUUGAUGAGUUUUAAAGAUACAAAAUGGAACGUAUACAUGUAUGGAGAUAAAACUUAAUAUCUUAGAGAAUAAUUAUUAUUCAACAAGGAAAAUAUUAUAGGAAAGUGAAAAAAAAACUGUACAAAAUGGCGGAAAAAAGUCAGAUAUAAAAAUUAGGGAACAGUUGAGUUAAAAGAAGAGGAGAAACACGACAAUAAUAAUAGCUGUUAACAAGAUUGUACUCUCUAGAUUGAAAUCUAUAUGGCAUUUGAUGCACAGGCAAAUCUUAAUUCAUUCAAACACUCUAAUAGUUACGAAGUAACAACUUAUCAAUUCAACUUGACAGGUAAUUCAAGUGAUCCAGAUCCAUCAAGUGCCGAAGCAGAAGCUAUAAAAGAGGCAGCAAAAUGGUUAUGGAUAAUUGUUUCCCCGAUUCUACUCGUGUUCGGGUUGAUUGGAAAUACAGGAAUAUUGUUAGUACUGUGGAAAAUGAAAGUUUGCAAGAAUUUAACUUAUAUAUUUCUAUUCAUUUUAGCCACAAUCAAUACAGUUGUUCUCAUUGUUGGUCUGACAAGAUAUUGGAUAUUGGCAACUUUUGACUUUGAUAUUCGGGAUAUAAGCACGCCUGGAUGUUUGUCACAAUUAUUCUUGAUCUAUUUUUCUAUGCAUAUGUCUUCUUGGACUCUUGUAUGCAUAACAACAAUACGAUUCCUGAAAACAAAAUUCCCUUUCCGCUACCGAGCCAAAUAUUUUUCAAGAGCCUUAAAAACUCUGUACAGUUUAACUUUUGCGAUAUGUUUUGCACUUGAUCUACAAUUUUUUUUUACCAAUGGUCUUGUUAUGAUAAACCACGAAUAUGAAUGCAACAAUACGUCAAUCGAAUAUUUUACAUUUGAGGAAAAAGUUUUUGUUUUAAUUGACUUAGCCAUGGUUUCGGUAAUACCAUUCCUUAUAAUGUUCGUGAUGAACUUAUUCAUUGGAAAAAGAGUUAUAAAAUCCAUGGCUUUCCGUAGAUUGUCAAUUUUCAACAACCAAAGUAGACGUCGUUUAAACCGUAAGAGUAAAAGAAUAACGCAAAUGUUAUUUUUUACUAGCCUGUAUUUUUUAAUUACAACAUUACCAGUCUCCAUUUUGUUCGUUGUAGACUCAUAUCUUCCUGACAAGAAGUCUGUUAAAAUGCAAGCAAAUUUAGAACUUGCAAAAGCAGUGCUCUAUUUAUUCCAGUUUUCGUUUUAUGCUGUAGGCUUUUACAUAUAUAUGGAGAUCAGUGAUAACUUCAGAAAGAAUUUGCCAUGCUGUAAUACCAAAAAUAUUUUUGAAAAUCGGAAUUCUAUGUCACGAGGGAUCUCCUCUUUUUCAACAGCUAGUCACUAUUUGAGUUCCGAUGAAUCUAGAAUUGACAUGAACAGUGUUCCAAAAGAUGGAAGGGAAACUGACAUCAAUUCCAAUUCUAAUACCGUUGUUCCUAAUCAUCAGUUUUCAGAACUUUCUGCUAAUGAUAGAAUUGAAACGGACAUUAAUUCUAAUUCAAAUAAUGUUGUGCCUAAUUAUCAGUUUUCAGAACUUUACGCUACGUGCCAAUCACUCCCGGAUCUCCAAAAUCGACAAUUUUCCUUAUCUGCAACGUGCCAAUCUAUCACUGAAUUACCGAAUGGGAGUUCUUUGGAACCACCAAAUUCGAUUCAUUCAAUGAAUCAUUCGGACAUAGAGAAUACUAGAAGUGGAAAUAACACUCGAACAAAUCGAGUAUCAUUUGACUUUUCUAGUACUAGUAUCUGCCAUACUAUUCGGGAAUUGGAACCUUUAGAUGAAACUUGGCUUUGAAGAUGAUUCCGUCAUUGUAUACUUUAAUGUCGUUGAAUUGAAAUUGAAGGAUUAUCGUGCAUAAUUAAGAGUGUCCGUAUACAAACUAUUUGCUAUAUAUGUUUUCUGUUACUAGUCAGGAAAUAAAAAAGAUUGACUGUUUCCUUUAA